UACUCUUGCUUGCUUCAGUUCACAACCUUCUUCAACUUUCAGGACCCCAAAUUCAAAGGUUUCGACCUUGACACCGGAUUUCAAGCUCUGUUUUAUGUGAUUAUCGCCAACACCACCUUAAUCCCUAAAAAUGGCGCUGCUAUGCUCUUCUAACCAUAUAAUCUGCCAAAAUCCCCAAUCUUCAAAAACCCCUAAUUUCAAAUUCAAUGAAUUCUCUUCAUCUUUCACCGACGGCCUGAAAGGACGGCGCUGUGUACGCGCUUUCAGCGUUUCAGGAGAAAAUUCUUCUCGGAGCGGUGUGGAGGAAGAAGAAGUUAAAGAUAUAGGCGUCAAAGCAGCUCUGUCGAUGUUAAAGUUCUACAAGAGGGAAAUUUCUCCGUUGAUGCCAAAUAGUUGUCGUUAUGUCCCAACGUGUAGUGAGUACUCGAUGAUUGCAUACAAGAAGUAUGGAGUUGGCAAGGGGACUAUAUUGACUGCUUGGCGUCUCUGCCGCUGCAAUCCUCUUGGAGGAUCUGGUUUCGAUCCACCGCGAUGGUUUGGCGAGACCACUCCCCCACAAGAAUGACUUCACUUUGGCUCAUCAUUUAUUUAGGGGCUUCAACAUUGAAAUGGCAAUGCUCCAUGAAUAUGAUAUCUUGUUUGUUGGUUAAUUCUCUUGUGAAAACAAGAGAAAAAUGGAUCAGUUACAUGAACGAGCGAGCUUUUGUAGUAGAUAGAAAACCAGAAGUCUGUUUAUUUAACUUAAGGACGUGUUGGCUUUAUUAGUUGAGAAAUGAGCAGAUUUGUGUAUGUAGAGAUUUGAAUAACUGUUAUGUGGACAAAUACAAACCAGUCCGUGUGUUUUGCCUCCACAGAAAUGAGUGUUUGUAAUUUUGGUCA